AACACCUUCAACCCACGCCCAGCCAUUGAUCCAAUCCAAACCAACCACUCCACCACCGCCAUCCUCAUCACCCACACAUCUCGGAGCUGGCAUCGCAAAUGUCCGUUCCAGUAUCGCGCGUCCUUGCCCGGCGCCAAUGGCAGCAGCUGGCCGCCCGACGAUACGCCUCCUCGACUUCGACGGCAGCCAGCACGGCGGCAAAGGAGACGGCAUCUAAGGCGAAGGAGGGUCUGUCGAGAGUGACAAGCUCGGCAGGGAGCGUGCUCAACAAAGCAGGCUCCGCUUUGGGAAGCAUUGGUGGGAGGACCGGCAGAUUGAUUGGCUUUGUGAGCUCGUUGAUCCCGCCUACCAUCUACUAUUCCAAAGUCGCGCUUGAACUCGCCAAGAUUGUGGCUCGGGAACAAAAAAUUGCAGUUCCAUCCUCUGAGGCUUUUGUACAAGCGUAUAAAUCGGCAUGGAACUCGAUACGAUCUGGUGGCAUCAGCAAAUCCCUCAGCUCCGUCCGCAGCAUGGGCACUGCCCAGAUGGUCGGUGCCGGUAUCCUCGGAGCAGAGCUGAUCGGCUUCUUCUCCGUCGGUGAAAUCAUCGGACGUCUCAAGCUUGUCGGAUACAGGGGCGGGAAGGACCAUGACGAGCACUAGUCGGUUAUGAGUGCCUGGAAGGUCGCGUUAUUUGGCGUGGUUGAAGAGCCGUUUAGAGCGAAGACAAUGACAGCAACGACUGCAGCUGACGAGUCCCAGAUGCAGUUCGAAUCAGCUGGGUAAUCUCCUUUUCUUUGUUUCCCAGAAACCUGCACAUAAGAACCCAAGUAUUCGUCAUUAGAGAAAGGCUUUUCUUUUGCCCAAACGAUUGUACUGUGUUUCGCGAGGGGGAGACAAAAAGGACCUGUACAACAGUAAAAUGGCAUUUUGCACUCGAUUUGUAGAGAUGGUAUGAACUCUCAGUCGCAAUUCCUCGUCUCCGUCUUUAAUUUCAACGUCUCUCUAUUCCUUACAUCGCCAGUGCGACUGGAUUUCUUAAGGCCUGG